AUGGCACCCCCGCGCCAGCGCACCGCAGCAAUACAAGAUGACUCAAGAUCCGAAGCCUCCAGCGGCACAAGAGAAUACCCCAAGCCCAAAUCCCGCAGACCAGCCAAAGACAAGUCCAUCACCAGCGCUCCAGUCGAACAAGACGAACCAAGAGUACGAGACCCCAAGAGAUCUCAUUCCCAAUUCCACUUCUCAAUCUCUCAAACCAAUGUUUCAAUUCCAAGUUCUAACACCCCCCAGCUCCCCUGGACAGACCUCCCUCUCGAAAUCCUCCAUUCAUACCGCCACCUCCACAAGCUCCCGACCCCCUCCGCUUUCGCAAGCGAUUACUCGCGCAUAGUGCUAUCUCAAGGCGUCGGCCUCCGCUCCCCAACUUCUCUCGCUGCUCGCCGCGCCCAGUCCUCAAGAUCGGACUCGCUUCGUCGCGGCCAGGACCGCGUGAGUAAAGAUCAAUUCGCACUAGUUGUUCGCAGACAUUUCAAUAGCGCUGGUCUCUCCGAGCAGGAGACUAUCGCCCGCUUCUUGUAUACUGUGCGGGAGGAACGGCGCGGGAGGCAAUUCAGACUGCGCUUUCAGCCUUAA